CUAAGAAAAAUAGAAAGCAAAAGCUUCAUUGCACAACAUGUUGAAGCACAAAAAUGAUGAAAUUAUUUUGAUCCUAACAUUUCUUUUACUUGUCUCAAACUUAUGUUGGUUAAUGAGUCCCAAGAGAGUGAAGGAAUGUAACACUACUCGUAGUACUGGCAAGAAGAAUAUACAAGUUUUUCUGUUAGCAGGGCAAAGCAACAUGGCAGGACGCGGCGGAGUCUUUAGAAAAGUUGUUGGAGGAAAUGUUACCAAAGUGUGGGAUGGUUUCGUGCCUGAAGAAUGUAAACCAAAUCGAAAAAUUAUACGAUUUAAUGUAGCACAAAAAUGGGAAGAAGCACACGAGCCUCUAAACUAUGGGAUCGAUUGUUUAUCGAGCUGUGGACUUGGUCCUGGAAUGGCAUUUGCUAAUGAAAUUCUUAAAAAAGACAGUAAAUUUGGUGUCAUUGGUUUAGUACCUUGUGCUAGAGGAGGAACUGGUUUGGAUAAAUGGAGAAAUGGAUCUCUACCUUAUGGUGAAUUGGUUAAAAGAGCAAAAAUUGCUGAGAAAAAUGAUGGAAUUAUUAGGGGGUUAUUGUGGUAUCAUGGUGAAAGUGAUGUAAAAGGUGGGAAUGGAUACAAAGAUUAUAAGAUCAAUUUGGAGAAAUUCAUUCAUGACUUGCGUACUGAUUUGAAUUCUCCUAAUCUCCCAAUUUUGUAUGUUAUCCUACCAUAUCCAACAAAGCCAUUUAAAGGGCCAUACAUAGAAGAAGUGAGAGCAGCACAAUUGGCAAUCAACAUCCCAAAUGUAAUAAGGAUUGAUGCUAAGGGACUACAAAUAGGUCCAGAUGGAAUUCAUCUAACUACACCAGCUCAAGUUCAACUUGGUCAUAUGUUUGCUCAUGCUUUCCUUACUCUAAACAAUUUUACAUUGUCGAAUACCUAUAGUUUCUUUAAGUUUUUCCCUUCUAAUAUAUUUUCUUAGAUCUUUUUUUUGCUAAUCCUUGUAUUUUUGUUUUCAA